AAAAACAGCAAGACACAGCAGCACAGCACGAAGAAACAGCAGGAAGCGUCCAGCGGGCCUCUGCUGACCGUGGGAAGUGCUCGGCAAAGAACUGCUGACCUGCUGACGCCUACGACGCGACCCCGACGCCAUGGCGCGCGGCACAGCCCGGGUGGUGUCCGCAUGUAUAGCGUUGAUGGUGACCUGUGUGUGGCAGCCCAUGACCGCCAUUGAGCUGCCCUCUGGAGACGCUACCUCCCUGCUGACCUUCCUGGCCAUCCCGCGUGCUGACACAGCCCUCCUACCACACCUCCUGCCACACUCCCCGGACGAUGCUGACUUCGCCUACACCUACAGCCUCCCCCCCUCUGAUCUCAGCGACAGCGGAGGCUAUGAUGACGACAACCACAGCACGGGCCCGGAGCGGCGCAAGCGCGUGUUCCUCAGCCGCGGGUGGGGCCCCGGGGGUUACGAGGCUCCUCAGCCCCCGCAGCGGUUCGUGCGUCGCCCCCCCUUGCCCCCAACAAAGCUCCCACAAAAGCAACCCCUGGUGCAGGCGCAGAAGAGCAAAGUUGUGUACAUGUAUCGUGCUAGGUGUCAGCUGAUUUAA